UUGCACUGACAUCCUCUCUGCUGUUCAUUGAGAAACGUCUCUCAUGAGGGGAUACUCCUUAUUUCUGUUAGUGAUCUUCCAAACUGCAUUUUCAAAGAGUCUGUGUUCACAGCGGUCCCACUGCCAUAAGCUUUUUUUCUUUCCUUUUUUUUAAACUGAAGUACACUGGUGCAGGAAAGUAGUCAGACAAACAGCAUGUGCAGAAAUGAUGACUACAGCAUCUUUCAUUGUUUUUUCUUUCUACCUGCUUGUCUGGCAGUUCAGUAAGCAAUUAGCGAUGCAUAUACCAGUAAGUCAGCCACCUGAGGUUAUUGCAGCUCUGGGAACACCAGUCAAACUGCUUUGUUACUUCAACUGCUCAUGUCCUGGCAGAGCAUAUGGAGGUUUCAGCUCAUCAUAUAGGAAAGUAUUUGCAAAUGUAACAUGCACAACUGUGGAUCAAGAAAAGUUCUGUGAAUCCAAAAGUAUAAUUGUCAAUACCACACUGGAUGAUGAAAAAACUUUUAUAUGCAAUGUGAAAAUACCUGGUGAGAACACUUCCUUUGAGGGUGAAGGAUCAGGAACCAAGGUGAUACUCUAUGCUGAACCUUCAUCUGUUGAAAUUAAAGAAGACAACCCUCUAGUGGAAGGCAGAUCAGCCAAUCUCACUUGCAUGGUCAGAGGAAUGCAUCCACAAAACAUCACACUCAGUUGGUUCCGUAAUGAUCUUUUCAGUGCUUUACCAAAUGAGCUCACAAGUACACCUAUUCUCACAAGCUUUGGAGAAAUUCAAAGUGUUCUUAGCUUUACUCCAAAUAUAAAUGACCACGGAACUUCUUAUUGGUGUCAGGCCUCUCACCCACUGUGGAGAAGAAAUGUUACACAGCAUAAAUUAUUAGAUGUCAAAAGUGGACCUCGAACAAUAAAUGUGACAAUUUUAAAAGGGCUUGAAACUCUAAAUGAUUUAUCAAAAUUUUUGGUGAUCCCAAAACACACGUACAUUGAGUUAUCUUGUUCAGCUGAUGGCAAUCCUAAACCUUUAAUUAUGUGGUUUCAUGAGAAAGAAGACUAUAAAAACUCCAUUGAUUCUUCCCUUGUGAUUCACAAGCACAUUUUAGUCAUUAAAGAAAUGACAAAAGAGAGUGAAGGCCUCUACACGUGUGUUGCAAACAACAGUUAUGGCAUGAUAAACGUGACUGUCUCCAUAAGUGCCACUGAAGGAACAGGGAUUAAUUUACUUUUAAUUUAUUUCACUAUUAUUGUCAUUUGCAAUAUUAUUUUGAUGAUGGCCUGCUUGGGAUUUUGUUUGUUAGUGAAGCAGAAAGGUAUGGUGGCAUUAUACUUUGCAAAAUAUUAGAAGUUUAAGUUUGCCAAGAAUCCUUUAAUGUAACAAAUUAAAUAUUUUAAGACAAAGAAUGCUGUAAUCUGUAUUCCUCAGAAUGUAUGUUAAUUUCUUCUCUAUAGAAUUUGCUACGUUUAAAUAAACCAAUUGGUGACAAAGAUCACAAACUAGUGUUGUCAGAUAAAUGUAAUUGGAGCUGAUUGAUUUUGUUUGUCAUUCACUAUGAUAACAGGACAAGUGUUAUGCUUUGGGUUUUUUAAAAUUUACCACUUAACUUUUAAAAUUCGGCGAUGGACUAGCGCCCUAUGCUGGCUGGGAUAGGCAGGACAAAGCAGAUUAGAAAUUGACUGUUUUUGUAUAUUGUAGAUUUGCGUUGAACAUUUUCAUUCUCCUUUAAUCAUUGAAGACAUUUUUCCUGUUUCAACAGGAUUUUUUACACAUAGAAUAAUUAAUAUUCUGAAAGUGUGG